AUGUCCGUGUGUGCAGAAUGUGAGUUUAAAGAAGAGCAGACAGCAGCAGGAGAAGAUGAUCUGCAGGAUCCUGCUGUUCAUCAUCCUCACCUCAUGUGUCUCUGGAUCAUUUGUAGUCAAUGUGACACAGACCUCCUAUCAGGCAGAGGAGAACCACAACAUCACACUGGAGUGGACCUUCACCACCAAACCUGACAGAUCCACCAAAACCCUCAACAUCUUUUGUGAACUCUUUAUCAGUAAUAACAUCUCAGUCCUGUUUCAUGUUCAUGAAGGUGUUGAGGUGUCAGAGUCUCAGGAUGCAAAGUUUUCAGGACGAGUCCAGAGUGACAAAGACGCCCUCAGAGAAGGACGAAUCAGACUUCAACUGUCCAGACUCAGGACUGAUGACUCGGGUCUGUACCUGUGUGAGGUCAACACUGAUUAUGGCUUCAGUAUUGGAAGAUGUCGACUCAACGUCACUGGAGCCAAAAAUUCAAAGGAGAAGUACUGGGAGAAAGUUAAAAAUGCUUUAGCAGGUGGACAGAUUGCAGGUAUAAUACUUGCUGGAUUGAUGGUCCUAUUAGGUGAAAUAGUUGACCCUAAAUUCUUCAUUAACAAAGGAGUAAGAGAAGAGACCACAUCAGAUGCAGAUGAAACAACAGUUCCUCUUCAAUUAUUGGCAGACGAUGGCUCAGAGGGCUGUGAAGUUACACAUCUAGAAGCAUAAGGCCUGCUGGUGAAGCCUAGAUGUUCUGCAGCAAGAGUGUUUGUGUGUGAGAGAAAGCGAUGGAGGAGAAUCUGGAUUUACUAAUGGAUCUACUUCCCUGAAGGCUCUUUGUAAAUAGAGGCAGUGAAUCAUCCCCUACUUGUAAAGUCUGUAAAUAUUUAUAUACUUCUGUGUGCACUGUAAAUAAACUCUCUAAACCUGCUUUACUGAGUCCAGCCUGCCUUUUGACCAUGACAGAUUUUGAUCUCAUAGGAAAAGAAUACGGUCAAUGUUUUUACUUUGCUGUUUCCACUGUUGCUCAGUUGUCAUCUUAGUUAAUUAUUAUUCUACAACUCCUUUCUGAAGGACUUUUCAUUUUAAUUUGCUCAAUUUAUUUGCAGGUAAAUGUAUAAACUCUGCUUUCUCCUCUCACAUACAUUUAAACAAGCACUCCUACUGUCAUGACUACUUUAACUUCCGUGUAAAUUAUAUGUAAAAAAAAAACA